AUGGCCAUCGACAUGACUGUCUACAAGUUGUUUGUUAUCGGAGAUUCAGAUCUGUUGAUUCAUCAGGUUCAAGGAGAGUGGGUCGUGAAGAACCCGAAGAUGAUAACUAACGUGCAGUAUGUACAGAAGCUGUGCAAAAGAUUUUGUAAGAUCGAGUUCAAACAUACUACCAGAAUACAAAAUGAAUUGGCUGAUGCCCUUGCCACCAUUGCUUCAAUGAUUAAACAUCCAGAUACUGAUUACAUUGAUCCUCUGGACAUAGAGCUGAAAGAACAUCCGGUCCUUUGUUCACAUGUUGAGGCGGAACCAGACAGUUUGCCAUUAUAUUUUGAUAUAAAGAAGUAUUUGGAGUCCGGGAUUUAUCCCGAAGAUGCUACGUCCAACCAGAAGAAGUCGAUACGUCGUAUGGCUCUCAAAUUCUUUCUAAGUGGAUAA